ACCUGCCGAACAGAAAUGGAGCCUCAGAACACAUCCACUGGCCCAAAGGAGCAGAUGUGUCAGUGGCUGAAAGCAUUGGUUAUUGGCGAGGCUCAGACUUCCGAAUGGAAGUCAACUACCUCCAUUACCUCUCAGAUGCCCGACAAGCCAUUGGCGCCUCGAAAAGGGCGUGUCGGCACUGGUCGGCGCCUUAUGACGGACACAAUCCGCCACCUGUCCAAGAACAACCUCUCACAUUGAAUGGAUCAAAUGAGGAUAACAUGGAACGGCAACCAAAAAGUGACUCUGUUGGUGCCUCCCCGACCUCUUGCUCCAUGGACGUUGUCUCCAAGAGUAACCAGGCAGGAAGAACCAGCUCUGCUCUAGAGCUUGAGUGGGAUGACCUUUUUGCGGAUGAGGAUCUAUCAUCUUCAUUUGGUGGCUCUUUUGCACCUCUACCACCCUUACCCCCUCGCCACAUCCAAGAGAUGCGACGCAGCGCCAUCAAGCUGGUGCACGGCGCCUAUGUGGAAGAGGGUGAAUUUGAGAAGGAUGUUCUGGUCUACGAUCUGGUCGCCCAAAAAGAUGCCACUGCUGCUAUUUUGGAACGAAUGAUGGCAGCUAAUCGAGGACCACGUGGAGACGGUGUCUCCUCUGUGACAACAGGAAGGACAAUACAUGAAACCGUUAACUGCAUUAUGUCAUCACGGAGGACGAGUGAGGAAGGAGGAAAGGAGGAAAUAAGGGGUGAGGACCAUGGAAACAAAUCGAGGCAAAGUGAGGACAUCGGUGAUCGCGUUACUGACAUUUGUAAUGCAGACUGCAUCCCGGACGCACAAAAUCACACUUCACUCAACGGUCAUCCAAUGAUGACAAACACAGACUCCACAUGUCACGACAAAGUUCCUGGUAACAAUGGCAACUUCCUGUCCCAGUACCAUGAGCUAAUGCGCUCUUUCGGGGCAGAGCCGGAGUGCGACAGCAUACUGGAUGACAUUUCCACCUUUCGGAGGCGGAUUCAAGAACUGAAACAAAGACUGGUAGAGGAAGAUUGUGAAGAUGGAAAGGAAACGCUUGAGGAGCUGUUGGAGGAGGAGGAAGAAGAAGAUGGAGCGAGGCAGAGUGUUCCAUUUACAGGGCCCUUUAUCAGUGUCCUUCUGUCCCGUCUGGAGAAUCUACUGGAGAACUCUAUCGCCGUCAACCUGCUGGUGACAGGCAUCCUCGCUCAGCUAGCGUCGUACCCGCAACCUCUGUUGACAGUGUUCCUGCUUGAUGAGGUGCUGUCAACAGCAACGGUGCCGCUGAUCUCCACUUUCAUUCUUAGCCUAAGCCAGUGGUUCUCAAGGCCGAUCAUUUACUUUGACUUGCGAGUGCAAGCUUGA